AUCAAUGAGAGAAUCCUUCUUGCUACUCAUAACAUCAUCCUACCUCUUAGACGUAUUGUCUCAAUACCCUAGAAUAUCGUUUUCCGAUACCAGAUUGUAAGGCGUCGGCUGCUCCAAAUUCUCGCCGUGUUCAUACCCAGAAUUUGACUGAGCACCGUUAAGCUCGUGCUCACUGUAUCCGACAGCAGGGGAACGAGAUGACUUUUCGCUGUAAGCGUUGUGAGGGGAAGAAUCUUCGUUGUUUCGUAGAUACUGCAACUGGCUGUUGUGCCGUUUGUAUUUCUGUGAAAGCUGAGUGUAGUUUGCUGGAGGAGCGGGACAAACUUUCAGCGUAUAUGCGCGAGAGACGCUUAGCUCUUCUGCGAGCUGAGGCUGAAGUUGCUCGUCGUCAAUUAGAAGUGGCUAAAAUUGAGGCUCUCAAGCAUGUGGACGCUGAAAAAGAUGAUUCCACCUCAUCUAUUCAAGAGUGUGCAAAAGAGCAGGCUGAGGAGCGUCAAGCUCGUGCGAAAAAGGUAGAGUACGCUGGUCUAGAGAUGGUCACCAAGUGUGACUAUUGUAAAGAGAAGGGCCUUCGCUGUUUUCUUGAUGAAGCGACUGGACAGUGCGCUAGUUGUAUUACUAUGGACGCGGAGUGUAGUAUUUUUGUUUCCGAAGAAGAGUGGGAGAAAGUUGAGCAGAAGAAGCGCCGCAAGCGUCUAGAGAUCGCUCAUCUGAAGGCGCGGCUUGCGCAGAGCAAUGUAGAACUUCUAGAGGCUGAGAUACAAGAGCAAUCCUAUGCUCAUCACGAUCUUGUUGUGGCGAAGGAGUUGGAUAGGGUAAAAGAGCAGGCUGAGAGGAGCUCCGCCUCUGGUACGGACCCUCCUGUCGAACCACCGCUAUGUAGACCUUUAGCUGAUUUGGGCUAGUUACAGACUAACGCUUUGUUAUAAACAAGAGAUGUCUUUCAAUAAGGGGUGGAAGGGUGCAGAAAGCGAAAGAGCUAGACCCUACACAAUAUG